AUGUGGACGCUGGAGGAUCGAAAGACUCUUCAUCUCAGCUUGGAGAAAACAGACAAAAUGCGAUGGUGGAGUUGCGUCUUGAAAGGCGACCCGGAGAUCGACACCAAGACUAUUGUCCCUGAGAACUCGAAGCUUUCCGACUUAGACCCCGAGACACGCGCCACAGUGGAGAAGAUGAUGUAUGAUCAACAGCAAAAGCAGAAGGGGCUGCCCACGAGCGACCAGCAAAGACAGGCAGAGAUGCUGGAGAAAUUCAAACAAGCCCAUCCUGAGUUGGACUUCUCUAACGCCAAGAUUAACUGGGGAGGCUCGAAUUGGGGCGGCUAA